AUGAUACUUUUACUCGUAUCUUUGAGUGCACUGAUCAACACCCAGAUUUUUGCACUCACUACAGAUUUGAACCAACAAGUAUCUGGUAUUCCGAAAUGGGACAUUUACAAGGUUCUAUUCAAUAAAAAGUACGCAUCGGCUGUAAGAGAACUUGAACGAUUUAAAAUUUAUCUUGGCACCGUAGAAGCAAUUAAUCAGCAUAAUGAACUAUUUGAAAGAAACCAAACGACAUACAAAAAAGGAAUAAAUGAGUUCAGUGAUCUGACUUCAGAAGAGUUUGCUAACAUAUACUUGAGUUGGCCAUUGGAUUCACUUCCGCAAGCGGAUCUUAUUGAAGAAACUAGUAACUCUCCUCCCCCCAACAACAAUACCGUUCCUGAUAAAAUUGAUUGGGUUACCAAGGGAGCGGUUGCUGGAGUAAGGCAUCAAGGAUAUUGCGCAUGUUCUUCGUCUAUUGUCGCGGCUGAACUCAUAGAAGGAUACAUUUUCAAACAAAACGGACAUUUGAUGAACAUUAGUGCGCAAGUAUUUGUGGACUGCUUAGAGCAACUUGACUGCUGCGGUGGAUAUGUGCACCAAGCUCUAGAUUACUCGAUAAAAAAUGGAAUUGUCACUGAAAAAUCAUAUCCAUUCAAAGAAAUGAAAAAUAUGUGUAGGCCUAACAAUACAGUACCAAAGUAUGGAGAAGCAGCCAUAAAAAAAUAUGCGAAGGUCACGCAGAAUGAAACCUUGCUGAAAGAAAUUGUUUUUACUCAUGGACCAGUUUCAUGUUACAUCAAUGCAACAGCAUUGAAGGAUUACGAAUCGGGUAUCUACGACGAUGUGAAAUGUGGACAAAACCCUCCUGAAAUGAAUCAUGCUCUCCUAAUUGUGGGCUAUGGUACUGAUAUAAAAACAGAAAGAGAUUAUUGGUUGGUGAAAAACUCGUGGGGUUCGAGAUGGGGAGAAAAGGGAUAUGUGAAAAUAGCACGCAAUUUGAACAAUCUGUGUGGCAUUGCAAAUAAAAAUCUGUACUUGAUGGAUUGA